UUGAGAAAUACUUUUUCUUUACUUGUACAUGUAAAGCCUAAGGGUUAAAAUUGUUACACUUUAUCCUGGGAUUAUAUUCUUUGGUUCUCUAAUUAGCUAAUUGGUAAUGUAACAACCAUGUCAUUCCAUCUUCUUACAGUACUUUCGUGUAUUUGACCAAAAUUCCAGACCAACAAACCUCCUUUUCUAUCUAUAAAGAACAUAUUAAUCAUCUGUACUUCCUGUUUAAAAUCAUUUCGUUCUUGGAUUUCGGACUGUGCAGACGUAUUGAAGAUAAAUUGCGAGGGCACACGAACUCUGACGAUAGAAUGGAUAAAGGCCAGUAUGUUAAACAAACAGUUGCUAUUAUCAUAACAGGGAUGUGCUUUAUGAUAUAUUUUGGAGUAUCCAAUAACAUAAUUGAAUUAAAAUGGAACACCACGUUGAUCAAAUUGAACUGGAACACACAAUUGAUUGAAUUGAAGUUGGAUACAGAACCGUUCCAUUCGUGCACUGGCCUUAAUUGUACCAACUUUUUUAAAUCCUAUUUUUGGAAGGAAAGCUAUAAAUCAGUGGUUUUUCUAGGUGAUUCAUGUAUGUAUCGAUUGUUUUUGGUUAUAUUGGGAAAAAAGAGACCAUGUAAAGUUCAAAAACAGGCUGAUAGAUGUAACCUCAUCUCAUAUUUGGGUCAACAAAGACGUUCUAACUGGACCAAACCAUCUAGUGAAGAAGGACCUGUUGGGUAUGGAUUAACACACCCAUUUUGUACAGAUUGUUCUGGGUGUAACAGUGCACUUUUUAGUUGUGGAGAAAUCAAAACUGAAUAUAUAUCAGUUGAAUAUGCACGAGAUGUCGAAAUCCAGUCAACAAUCGGGAAUACUACACAAGAAGUCGUUUCUCUGUACUUCAAUUCAAACUUUACAAAUGUAUGCGUGGUUAAUUCUGGUUUUCAUGACAUGGUUCUACCAGCCCUAACAGAUCAACUUUAUGUUAAGAACGUGCAGUUUUAUGUGCAACAUCUGGUCCAAACAUGUCAGAAUGUUAUUUGGAUUUCCACGACAGCAGUUAGAGGUGACAAAGGAUUUCCUCAAAAUAAUCGCAGAAUUCAACUGUGGAAUAGAUUAAUUAAAGGAAUGUUACGUAAUAAGUUUCCAAAAAUGAGAAUGAAACCGGGCAAGGCAUGCAAAAUAAUAAUUGCUUGUGCUAUACUCCACAAUAUAUGCAUUUUGUUGAAUGAACCAGACAUUGAAGAUGAUGGAGUAAUUGUAGGCAAUGAUGGUGAUCUUGAGGAACAUUUCAAUGGUCAUCAAGAUGGGAGAGCUGUUAGAGAUCAUAUUUACAUAACAGUUUUUAAUCAUUGA